AUUUAUUCAUAUAUGUAUGAUGCUUAUGUGACUGAUUGUGAGCUUUAUUAUUAUGAAUUCAGCAUCUUCUAUAUCUGCAAAUGUUAAUAACAUUCCUGUGCUUAACGGCACAAAUUUCAAGAAAUGGAAAGAGCACGUUAUAAUUGUGCUCGGGUGCAUGGAUUUAGACUUUGCAUUAAGGGAGGAUCGCCCUUCAGAUCUUACUAGUGCCAGCACUGCUGAGCAAAGGUCUACUAUGGAAAAAUGGGAGCGAUCCAAUCGCAUGAGUCUAAUGAUUAUGAAGCACUCAAUUCCAGAAGCAAUAAGGGGUGCAAUACCUGAGGAAACCCAAGCCAAGGCAUUCUUGGACCAGAUAGCAAACCGAUUCGCUGCAAACGAAAAGGUUGAGACAAGCACUAUUCUUAGUAAGCUUGUCUCUAUGCGGUAUAAAGGGAAAGAGAAUAUCAGGGAGUACAUUAUGGAAAUGUCUAAUCUUGUGACGAGACUCAAGGCACUAAAGUUAGAGUUGUCGGAAGACAUACUCGUGCACUUGGUCUUGAUCUCUCUGCCUACACAAUUUAGUCCAUUCAAAAUCAGUUAUAAUACACAAAAGGAAAAAUGGACUUUGAAUGAGCUUAUUGCUCAAUGUGUGCAAGAGGAAGAGAGAUUGAAGCAAGAAAAGAUAGAAAGUGCUCACUUGGCUUCCACAUCUCAGGGAUUUGGUACCAACAAGAAAAGAAAGAGGGACAAUAAAGGAAAACAAACUGCAGUUUCUGGGACAUCAAAGCAAAAGGAGCAAAAGAAACAAGAUAAGGAGAUCACUUGUUUCUUUUGCAAAAAGGCUGGUCAUAUGAAGAAGACAUGUACCAAAUACGCUGCUUGGCGUGAAAAGAAAGGGUUGCCUAAGGAGCCGAAUGCCAACUGAUGGUGAAAGAUACAUCUAUGUGGGAAAUGGCAACAAGGCUGCAGUCAAGGCUAUUGGUCUUUUCAGAUUACAGUUAGACUCUAGAUGUACAUUGGAUUUGGAAGAGACUUUUGUAGUACCGUCGUUUAGACGGAAUUUAAUUUCUGUUUCAUGUUUGGACAAAUUUGGAUAUUGUUGUUCAUUUGGAAAUGGAAUGGUUAGUCUUUAUCUAAAUUCAAAUAUUAUUGGUACAGGUAGUCUAACAGACAAACUAUAUAAAUUGAACAUAAAGGCCACUGAUGGAAAUGAAACCUUGCAUUCAAGUAAUUAUGGCAUUAAGCGAAAAUUAAUGAAUGAGAAUUCAUCAAUGUUAUGGCACAAGCGUUUGGGUCAUAUUUCAAAUCAACGAAUUCAAAGGCUUGUGUCAGAAGGAAUUCUUGAUCCACUUGAUUUCUCAGACUUUCAAGUCUGUAUAGAGUGCAUUAAGGGAAAACAAACAAAUAUGAAGAAAAAGAAUGCCAAUAGGUGCAGUGACGUCUUGGAAUUGAUACAUACAGACAUUUGUGGUCCAUUUCCUACCCCUUCAUGGAAUGGACAACAAUAUUUUAUCACUUUCAUUGACGAUUACUCGCGUUAUGGCUAUCUUUAUUUGAUU